UUAUACCUGUCAGCGCGUGGAGUUUCAUGUUCAGUAUACAUUUAAAGCUGAAAACAUGUGGAAUAAUAUAAUUAUUAUUACAGUGGCGCCACCUAACAUUUUCGCUGCCGAGUUGUACAGUCUCGCGAACAUGGAGUAGAACGCCGUCUUUUACUGCCGUGGCGUGCGGCGGCGCUGGCGGGCCAUUUCGAGAGUUUCAAUACUGCAUACUGUAUACACUAUACAUGUAUCGGCGCGAAAUAUCAAGAGACAAACUAUAACUUAGUAUGGUGUAGAGCGUAUCACCACGUUUUUUGAAAAUUAACAAGCUAUUGAAAUGAAUCUUGAAACCGUGUUGUCUACACCGAACCGACCAUCUUGCCUCAACGUCCUCAAACCAGCUAAACCUUCCAACAACUUACAAAAAAAAAUCAAAUAUGUUCAAUUUUGUUAGUCUACCAAAAUGUUGUAUGUCUAGAAGAUUUAACUUACAGCGUGUUUGAUACUGCCAGAGUUCACUAUAGGUAUUAUUGGUCCACAAAUAAUUUGUCACGAAAACUUUGGGACUUUUAUAGGAAAAUACAUUAUAGUACCACAUAACAAGAUAACGGCUUAGUCAAAACUCGGCCGAAAGGACCAGUAACGUUGCUCAAAACCUUAUAUACUGUAAAAUCAAAGUACAUAUAGUUAUGAUAGACUUCAAGACCAAAUAUCCUGUUAACUUGUGGAAGGAUCACGGGUUCUAUACCGAUGAUUAUAUUAAACUAAUCAAUAGCCAUUGGUUAAAAUUCAUGCCGCCAAAUCCAACGUCGCACUACAUUCUUGGACUUCUAUACACAAUCAUUAUGGUAUUUGGAUGCACCGGAAACUCUCUGGUGAUUUUCAUGUACUUUAAAUGUAAAUCUUUACAAACGCCUGCGAACAUGUUAAUAAUUAACUUAGCUGUCAGCGAUUUUAUUAUGUUAGCGAAAGCCUCGGUAUUCAUCUACAACAGUUAUUACCUGGGCCCUGCGCUAGGAAAAUUGGGAUGUCAAGUAUGUGGAUUUCUUGGUGGCUUGACUGGAACCGUGUCCAUCAUGACGUUGGCAGCCAUAUCCUUGGACCGGUAUUACGUUAUAGUGUGCCCACUGAAAGCAGCUGUGAAAACCACAAAACAAAGGGCCAGGAUAUGGAUAGGAUUGAUAUGGAUUUACGGGUUUUCAUUCUCUAUCGUACCAGUACUAGAUUUGGGUUAUAGUCGGUACGUGUCGGAAGGAUAUCUGACAAGUUGCAGCUUCGACUAUUUGUCGGACGACGACCAAGACAAGAAGUUUAUCCUGGUGUUCUUUACGGCGGCGUGGUGCAUACCGUUCACAAUAAUACUGUACUGUUACGUGAAUAUACUGAUGGCGGUGUGGAUGACCAGCGAAAUAGUCAACAGCAGGGUUGGUCAACAAGAGGAGAAGAGGAAAACGGAUAUACGACUGGGGUACAUGGUGAUUGGGGCUCUGGCGCUGUGGUUUGUGUCGUGGACGCCAUACGCCGUGGUGGCGCUGUUAGGUGUAUUCGACUUGAAGGAGUACAUCUCACCGUUGAGCUCAAUGAUCCCGGCGUUGUUUUGUAAAGCUGCAAGCUGCACGGACCCGUGGUUUUAUGCCAUCACUCACCCGAGAUUUAAAAAGGAACUGAUGAAGCUUCUGACGAAGGGUAAGACCAGAAAGCUGGUCCGGAAUUAUGGCAUGAAGAAGGGAUGGGUUGGGUCACAUUUGAACAAAAACGGUAGUGUUAGCUUCGAGAACCGUUUAAAAACCGAAUUCGAGGAAGCAAAUAAAACGAUCUUCAUGCUCGAAUCCGAUGACAAUAACGUACACUGUCAGGGAUCUACUUCCGGUUAUAAGACUGAAUCAACCAAGGAUCCGGAAACCAAAUUCCCUGCAAGUGCCAACCAAGAGAGUCUCAAGUAUAUGCUACCUAACUGACAAAUAUAUAAUAGCAACUGCCCAGGGUUAUGCUGCAUAAAUAAAUCAUUGAGAAGAGGUAUUGGAAAUUUUACAAGCGGAUCUAAGCCAAAAUAGCAAAAGUAAAUGUAACAAAGUAAAAAGUGCGAAAUAAAAGUUUCCUAUUCAAUACACGUUAUAAUUAUUUACAUUAAUAGCAGAAGAGGUGAUGUAUUAUGACAAUUAUUAUAAUAAUAAUUAUUAACAUCAUUUUAAUAUUUUAAUAAUGCAGUUUGUACAAUUUAAAUAUUAAAAGUUUUAUAUUUUAAUAAAUAUUACAUUAGGUAUUUAUAGAAUUGUAUAACACAUGUUUGUAUAUUGAAAGCUAAGUUAUGCCUUUAAGAAAAUGUAUUUUAUCAUUUGAGUUAUAAUUAUCAUAUAAUAUUCUAAUUAUCUUUCACGCAAUCAUUACGCUUUUUUGUGGCUGCUCAUGAGCAAAACAUUUUUUUUUGUUUCCUCCAAAUUGUAUGCACAUGCUUAAGG